CUUGCCCCGGGGACGGUCACCAAAAAGUAAACAAACAUGGCGACGCUGAUGACCGAGUUCGAGCAGCAGUUUGCCACGGUGACGGCGGACAUAACCUCCAAGAUAUGCAUCAUAGCGUCCAGAGAGGAGGCGGAACAAAGAGUUCUUGUGCAGGAGGUGGAGAAGCUUGUGGAGGAGGCAAAGGAACUGCUGGAGCGGAUGGAGUUGGAGGUGAGGGACGCUGAUCCGCCAGUUCGUGAACGGCUGCGUGGACACAUCCGGGGGUACCAGGUGGAGCUGAGCCGCCUGGAGGGGGAGUGUGGGCGGGUGAGAGCUUCAUCCAUGGCAUCAGGAACCAGUGCAAGAGAUGAGCUGCUGGGUGGUGGCACUGGGGCGGGGCUGAGUGUCGGGGAGGAGCAGACACAGGCACUGCUGGACAACACGGAGACGCUGGAGCGCACAUCGUCCCGUCUCACCCAGGGGCACAAAAUUGCACUGGAGACGGAGCACAUCGGGGCCCAGAUCCUGAACGACCUCCACAGCCAGCGCCAGACCAUCUCCCACUCGCGGCAGAGGCUACGGGAGGCAGACAGCGACCUGGACCAGAGCUCUCGAGUCCUGGGGUCCAUGCUCCGAAGAACACUGCAGAAUAGGCAGGAAGGAACGAAGGAAACUAAACACAGCUGGCGAUGCUCCGGCCACUUAAAAGGUUCCAUCCUGGGCACUUGAUUCUCACACAGCAGAUCCUUAUGUCUCUCCGCACUGACAGACGACACGGCCGCCCACCCAGCAGCACACAGCAGUAAGUGACCUUCACCCCCACCCACCCCCAGCACUGACAGAAUGUUGCUGGCCUGUCAUGACCUGGGUAGUGUUGGUGCAUCCACACUCCACUAAUGAGAUGCCCUCUGCACCUAUUCAUACCUUUAACCCCUUGAAUGCGGAUUUCCUACAGUUAGACCUCACCAAGCUACUGGAAUGGAGCAAAAAGUGGCUGCUACAAUUCAAUGAAGAAAAAUGUAAAGUCCUGCACCAUGGGAGGGGAUAUCCAGCACACCAAUACCACAUGGGAAACAGUCCACUAUCCACCACAGAGGCAGAGAAAGACCUGGGAGUAUAAUGUUACCAGGCUACCAGGGAAGGCCAAAUCUGUGCCAAUCGCAGCGGACAGGUUAACACUAUUAUGAAGUAUGUAUUGUAUUUGAUAAGUUGAGUGCUGAAGUAUCGUGAUGGGCAGUUCUUAAAGAUAAUAACAUCCCUCUAAGACCCACUACUGUUUACCCCUAAUGAUGGUUUGUUUGUUUUAUGGUUCCCUUAGAUUUUGAGAAAUGAACUUUGUUGUAGUUUAAUUAAGACUGAAUGCCCUUCUUGACAUCACAUCACAGAAAACUCUUAGGCAAUGAAGGCUGGCACACUGUCAUGGGAAGUGGUCCAAAAGAAGAAAGCUCAUAUAACCUUGGGGUUAAACACUGCCUCUCUGGCCAAGGAGUUAUAUAUACAAACUCAAAUUUCAGCAGAGUUAUUACAAAUUUACAUCCCAAAGCACGACACUUUCACUAAGUCACUCGUGCACCUCAAACUAUCAUGAUUACUGCCUCGGAACAAUGACUCAAUAGAACACAAGAUACCAGUGUGGCACAGACUGUCCAAUAGCCCCUCAAUCCCCACUUGUCGGAGGUGAAGGUCACUUUGAACCAAGGGUGUUGCUGUCAGGGUGUGUGUGUCAGCUGCUGUGGGAUACCAGUAACUCAAGCUAUGUACACACACACACACACACAGUCUAUCACAUAUCCAGUAUCCUAAAAAAAGAAGUACUGUAUAUCAUCUUGGUUUGUGGGCAACAUACAAAUGGCUAUGCACCUAAAACAUAUCUUUGGGAAUUGUCAGACUGUUACAAUAUGCGGCUUGCCCUUUGUCCUGUACAUCAUCAUCAUCAUCAUCCUCUAUAUAUACACACUAAUUAAAGCACCUCCCACUCUCUUUAAAUGGAUGUACAAGUUACACUUCAAAGAGCAAAACACUUAAAAGGAUUACACAGCGAGUCCUUUACAUUACCUUAAGUCCUUUAGGGAACUCCACUACAGCGCUGACCCAGAAUUCUGCCGUGACAUAAGUACAUCUUCACGUCCCUCUCUACCCUGGACCGAAGAGCGUGUUUGUUUGAUUCCGUGACUGAGGAGGGCGGCAGAAUCCUGGGUCAGGUUGCAUAAUAACAAUAAUAAAACACACAAGACUCGUGAAAGAAGAACACUAUCGUACUUGUAUCAAACAUGGACUCUUUUUCCGUAUUGGCGACAACUCAUUGUCAUCCUUUUUGUAUCACACGACAGAGCGAAGAGAGGCCUGUGCGGGAGUCACCAACUGAACUGCCGUAUUGUCUCUCCACGCACAGGAUGCCACACGGGAGAAAGGGGACUGUGCAUGCAUGAGGAAAAGGAGCAAGGACUGAGGGCUUGGUGCAGGGAGUGGAAACAUUAUACCAAGAAGAAAGGAAUAAGUCUUGUAAAUGAAAGAGUGAGGGGUGAAGAUUAGGACAAGUAGAGGAUGUCACAUGGACCAAAGGGGACUGUGCAUGCAAGAGGAAGUAGGCGCAAGGACUGAGGGUUUGGUAGAGAGAGUGGAAACAUUAUACCAAGAAAGGAAGGAAGGAAUUAGUCUUGGGAAACAUGAGUGAGGAAUUAGGCAACAAAACAGGUGUGAAGUAAACUGUGUAAUGAGAAGAAUAUAGCCGAGAGUAUAGGUGAAGAGAGUAAUGAAAAGAAUCUGGCAACAGUGAAGGAAAGUGUGAGGGGUAUUAGCCAACAGUACAGGUGAAGAGAGUACAGUAAAGAAUCUGGCAACAGUACAGGUGUGGGGGAAUUAAAGUACAUCAGCCACUACUCACAAGACAACCACUUCAGUCACUAACCCACUCACUGCUCCCCAAGACUCUAACAACGCUAUGCUCCGCUCUGACCUGACGAAUAACCCCCACCAAAGCCAGCCCUCCAAUCUCUACUGACUCCACCACACCGCUAGGCUCACUCUAACCAAACAAAGAACCCCCACCAAAUCCAGCCCUGCAACCUCUUUCUACUGACUCUGCAACACCGCUAGGCUCUGUUCUAAUAUGAAAGUCCUACCGUUGCCACUCCUGAGAUUUGAGAUUUCACAGCAUCUAGCAAUCACAUGUGGCUGGAGUUAACGAGGAGACGUGCCCGUGGACUGGUGAAGGCUAUAUGGAUGGGAAGGGUCAUGGAUACCACCCCUAAGAUCUGAGAUUUCACGGCAUCUAGCAAUCCUGUUUAGCUGGAGUUAGCGAGAUGUGUUUGUGGGUUGGCGGAGGGUAUGAGAUGAACGGAAAAGGUCACAGAUACCACUCUAGAGAUUUCACGGUAUCUUCCGAUCAUAUGUGGCCAGUUAGUGAGAUGUGCUUGUGGGUUGGCGAAGGGUAUAAGAUGAAUGCUGAAGCCAGAUCUACUAUACUGUGACUGACUGUGGUGUGGGUGACUGUGUGUAGUGGUGUUAGUAUGUUGUGUAGUGGUAAUGGUGAUGUUGUGAAGUUUAGAUGCAGUGUACAUGAGACUGAGAGGUGGUGUGGUGAUGCAUGACUGGAAGAAAAAAAUAAAGAGUAGGAGGAAGAAACUGAAAAAAGGAAAGAAGGAAGGAAGGUCACAGAUACCAUUCAGAAGAUUAAAGAUUUCACAGUAUCUUCCAAUCCUGUGUGGCCAGUUAGUGAGAUGUGCGUGUGGGUUGGCGAAGGGUACGAGAUGAACGGGAAGGGUUACAGAUACCACUCGGAAGAUUAAAGAUCAUGCGUGGCCAGUUAGUGAGAUGUGCUUGUGGAUUAGUGAUUGGUAUGUGCUGAAUGGGAAGGGAUUAUUUGUAGCGUUAAAGUGAACACAGCUUCUUUUUGUUAACGUCCUCAUUUUCCCUUGUGGGUUUGGAUGUUAAUAUGAACAGAGCAUACAUAACUAACUGCCUGGUGCUUCCUCC